AUGGCUUCCUCGAUUGUAUCUGUUAUUCAAAAGUGGGAUACUCAAUAUCAGCUCGGCACUAUUGUUGGCGACAAUGCCUUGAACAAUGAUACUUGCGUACAGCAUUUAUUUUCGCAUAUUAACCCCUCAAUCUCGGCAUCUGAUGCAAUUGACCGGCGGAUGAGAUGCUAUGGGCAUAUCUUGAACCUCGUUGGCCGGGCUUUCUUGUAUGGAGAGGAUAAUGAAGCUUUUGAGCAAGAGUCGCAGCUUUUUGACCUUACAGGCCGCCUCGAUGAUGAAGUCAAGCAUUGGAGGAAGAAAGGCGCUGUUGGCAAGCUUCGGAAUAUCGUCAAGUUCAUCAGAAGCUCGAUUGAACGAAGUGAACGGUUUGAAAACACCGCCACUGCAUUAGGUCUUGAUGAUCAAGAGCUUGAAGUCAUUAUGAAUAAUGAUACAAGGUGGAAUUCAACAUAUAUGAUGAUUAGCCGCGCCCUUGAUAAGUAA